CUCUCUGCGGACCUCCGCCGCCGAUCAGUCCGUAUACGUACUGCGCGCCGGCCGCUAUGUGAACGGUUCACGCGCGUGUGUGUGACUUGUGUGAUAUUUUUUUUUCUCCCAGAACUCAGGCGACCGCCGCCGAACAUUACCGCCGCACACCUAUGACACUACGCGUCGUCGGUACGAUAAUAAUAUAUUUUAUUCGUUCGCAAAGCAUGCACCACGCGAUACGAUAACAAAUAAUUAUAUUUCGAUCGUCCGUUCGUCGUUAUAUUUUUUUUUUUUAGUUUUUACGUUAUUUUUUAAUUUUUUCGUUUAUUCCGUUUUUUUGCGUUUUUCGCCUCGCUUCGUCAUACCGCGAGAGACGGCGCCACGCGUCGCGAUAAGGAUUAUUCUCGACCCUGUUUCGCGGUGAAAACCGAACGAUAAAAAAAAAAAACCUGACAAUAACAAUAUAAUAAUUAUUAUAUUGUUAUUCAUAAUAUCGUUGUCGUAGUGGUGGUGAAAAAAAAUCGCACGUCGCCGAGGCGUCGUUGUCGCGCGGACAAAGUGCGCGCGCGCCGCGCGUACCCACCGCACACGCGUGCGGUGCACAGUGACAAUUUUUUUUUCUUCAUAGACCGGUGCACGAAAAACGUUCGCAAUUACGGACCUAACGAUUUACCCGCGCAGUGUUCGGGGCGCGUCGGUUGAAUGUGAUUGGAAAGCGCGGGUGAUGGCCACCACGUACCUGCCGGUUGGCAGUGGCGGCGGCGGCGGCGGUGGCGGUGGCCCCGGCUCCGGUGACCUGGACGGCAUGGGCGGCAUGUCGGUGGUCAAUCAGCCGGGCGGCCCGUACCAGCAGCCGUCACCGUCGCCGCGCGGCGGCAACGGCCAAGACCACCCGGCCGGCGAGCUGAAGUACAUGCCACCCGGGCAGCACCACCAUCACCACCACCAUCACCAUCAAGUUCCUACGUCCCCGUCGCCAGUGUCGCUGUCGGCCGCGGCCAGUUGGGUGGACCCGUGGGCCGCGUCCAUGAGCAUGCACCAGCACCAUCCGCACCAUCCACACCACCCGCACCAGGGACUGGACAUCAAGCCACCGCCAGACAUGCGAGCCGUGACCGGCGGCGGUGGUGGAGGCGGUGGCGGUGGAGGCGGAGGCGGAGGCGCGCAGACCUGGCACACGGGGCCGCCGCCACCCGUCGUCUCGGCCGGCCACUACAAUGGUAGCGGGUCCGGAUCACCGCAACUCGGCCACCACGGCGCGUACCACGUGAUGAACGGCAUGCUGGGCCACACGCACCCAGCCGUCCAAAUGCACGGCCACAGUCCGUCGUACCCGCAGCAACACGACCCGCAGUCGCCCGGCGGCGAGGAGGACGCUCCCACGUCCGACGACCUCGAGGCGUUCGCCAAGCAGUUCAAACAGCGCCGGAUCAAGCUGGGCUUCACGCAGGCCGAUGUAGGCCUGGCGCUGGGCACGCUCUACGGGAACGUGUUCUCGCAGACCACCAUAUGCAGGUUUGAGGCGCUGCAGCUGUCGUUCAAGAACAUGUGCAAGCUCAAGCCGCUGCUGCAAAAGUGGCUGGAGGAGGCGGACUCGACAACGGGCUCGCCGACCAGCAUCGACAAGAUCGCGGCGCAGGGCCGCAAGCGCAAGAAACGCACUAGCAUCGAGGUGUCCGUCAAGGGGGCUCUGGAGCAGCACUUCCACAAGCAGCCCAAGCCGUCCGCGCAGGAGAUCACGUCGCUGGCCGACUCGCUGCAGCUGGAGAAAGAAGUGGUGCGCGUAUGGUUCUGCAACCGGCGGCAGAAGGAGAAGCGCAUGACACCGCCGAACACCAUGGGCGGCCCGCAGGACGGCAACGGCAUGAUGGACGGUGGCCUGGGUGGCGGCGGCGGCGGCCCGAUGGGCCACGGCGGCCUGCACCAGGCCUACCACCAUCAGGACCACGUGAUGCAUGGCUCACCGAUGGGCCCGCACUCGCACUCACACAGCCCGCCGAUGCUCUCGCCGAUCGGCAACCAUCAGUCGCUUGCGGCCCAUUAACGUUUCGCCCAGUGGGACGUUGAGUACUCACGACACCUGGCUAAGAUGCAGCAACAUCAGCAGCAACACCAGGAAUGCACGUAGUACUGUUGUUUACUGUUUCGAACAACGUCUCGCUGAGGGCGAUUUAAAAAAAAUAAUUAAAUAUAAACGUGUGCACGUCGCAGCAACAGCAACGGAGCACACGCACUACAAACGUGUGCUUAUUUGCGUGGUUUUCACGGUAUAUCAUGUCACAUGACAUGUUAUAUUUCGGGAGAUCGUUGCUGCACCGCGACGGCGCAUAUUAUAUAUUAUUAUUAUUUUUUACCAAUUCGACUAUAUAUAAAUAUAUAUAAAUAUAAAAUAUUAAUAUUAAUUUACAAAUGCGGAUCGUAUAAUAUAUUGAAAAUUAUAAUAUAUAUUAUAUGAUUAUUAUUAUAAUAUAUUAUAAGAGUAGUGCUCGCCGUAAAAUGCACUGAAAAAAUCGCGUACGACGGCCAAAGAAAAAGCGCAUAACAAACAUUACAAUAUAAUAUAUAAUAUUUUCCGUAAACAUUAUUAUUAUUAUUUUUUUCCAAUCGUUAUUAAAUAUAUAGAGAUGUGUGUAUAAUGAUAUUAUAUUGUUAUUGUACGCAGUAUAUAUAACGAUGAUAAAAGAUGAUGUCGAUGAUGAUAAUAAUGAACGAUGAUAACGAAGAUGAUGAUAUAUUAUAAUAAUAUAAUAACGAAGACCAUCGAUCGGCAUACCUACCACGCACGAUAUAUUAUUAUUAUAUAUACGUUCUACAAGACGACGGCGAGAUGAAGGCUUUACGACCAGCGAGCAAGAAAUCGUCUUCGGACUAUAUACGCGCGAGAAGUCACCGCGAGCAAGGGAAGUCACCUCGACCACAAGAAGUCAUCUAGCUCGAAGAGUUACCGACCACGAGAACUCAUCGAGCACGAGAAAGUCACCAACCAUGAGAAGUCACCGACCACGAGAAGCAAGUACGGGAGGGACGAGCCAUCAAUCGACACACCAUCUUCUGUCGCACUGUGAUAUAAAUCGAUUAAUUCUUUUAAAUUUGUUUGUUUUUUUCCGACUAUAAACUAUCUCCCCCGGACAAGUAUAUAACAAUGAUAUACCUAAGUAUAACUUCGCAGCCAUGUACACACACACACGCCCACCCACACACCCACUUUACAGGUACUGUAGUUAGCGCCUAUAUAAUAUAUAUAUAUUUUAUUUCCGUUUUAUUUAUUAUAUUAUAUACUACUAAACGCGAGCGCAAAUUCUCCCGAUAAAAUCCUAUAAAAUUCUUCACGAUUUUCUGAUAGUUUUCCGCGUGACGUCCGAGCCCCCCUUUGCCCGACCACUAUAUAUAUAUAUACGUAUAAUGUGACGAAAUUCCCCAAACCGCACUGAAAAACAACCGAUCUCGACGCAUAUAUAUAUAUUAUACGUAGAUAAACGCGAAACGGAAACUAUGAAAAUAAUAUAACGGCGACGUUCUCAAACCGUUUACCCUGCGAGCAUAAUGAUAGAAUAUAAAAUUUAGGUGUCGUUUAGUAAAUUUUUGUUUUUUGUCGGACUUUCUAUUGAUAUUAUAUUAUUCCUCGCCGGCUGUUCACCGCCUCAAUUUUCCAUCACAGCCCCCCAAAACACUUGUUCGUCGCGCGUUUACCUCCAUACCUCGCGACCAUAUACCUAAAAUAAAUACACUUAGGGUACAUCGUGUACUUGUAAAAAUAUUAUACAAUGUCUUUUCGGUCCAUCUGCAGCCGGCACCAUACCACACGAAUAAUAUCAUCAAAAUAUUAUAUACGACCUACCAAAUAUUAUAAAUAAAAAAUUAUAUUAUAUAUAUUAUUAUUAUCACCGUCGUACAUACUCGCCUAGCUAUAUACGCGACGUAUAUUAUGUAUAUAGGCUGCAGGUAUACCCAUAUGAUAUAUAGUAAUAGUAAUAUACGAAAACCGGUUCGUUUCGAACGAUUCAUAAUUUUUGUCCAUAUUUUUUAUUUUUCUCCCGCCAGCUCGGUCUCUCGCUCACUCCUUUUUAUUCGUGAUUUAUGUGACGGAUGAAAAAAAAAACCGAAAAAGGUAAUAAUAAAAUUACCCCGAAAAUAUAAUAAUAAUAAUAAUAAUAAUAAUAAUAAUAAUAAUAAUAUAUAUACAUAACCCGGCCGGCAGCAGAGUAUAUAAUAUAAUAUAAUAUAAUAUAUAUAUAUGUACACGCGUACAUCAUACCCGCCGACAUAUAUUUCGUGUGCGUAUAAUAUAUAUAAUAUUAUUAGGUAUUUGUGUGUGCAAGUACGUACAAGACGCUAUUUUUUCCUAUAUAAUAUAUAUAUAUAUACUUCUUCUUCGUCUUCUCCUUCGCUUGUUCAUAUUUUUACGAUCACCCUCUAAAUAUAUUAUCGGUCCGCGCGUAUAAACAUAUUAUAAAAUAGCAUAUUAUCCGAAUAAAUCAACCCGCCGCCGCCACCGCUGCCGUACCAGCCUUUAUAAUAUAGACGAUAAUAAUAAAUUUCUAUUCCAUUAUUACAAUACACAUAGGAAGGUACACAUAUACAACAUUUAAAAAAACGUGUGUGUACGUAUGUGUGCGGCGAGGUAUAUAAAAAUAUAUUAUAAUGUGUAGGUAUAAUGAUAUAAGUGUUUGGAUAAUAAUUAUAAUAUAUAUAUGUAUAUAUAAUGUGUAUACACCGACACAAAUUUUGGCGAAACGUCUAAAAAUUAUUAUAUAUAUGAGAAGUAUAUAGAAAUUUGAUACGGCGUGUUUCGGUCGAUAUAUAUAUAUAUAUCUUAUAUUAUAAUUUAUACCUAUGAUAUGAUACCUAUAACAAACUACUGCGUUAUAUAUAUUAUAUACACAAUAUGAUAGUAUUAUUAAUUACCUAUAUAUAUAGGUAUGGAUGUGUUUCCGCCGCGCGCUUUUGUAUUUUGUAACGAAUUUAUCGAAAAAUAUUAUUAUUAUUAUUAUUAUUAUUACUAUUAUUAUAAGUGUAUAUACUUACCUAUAUAUACGUACGCGCAUAUAAUGUAAUAAUGUACAAUAUUAUUGUGACGUAGGUGUGUGUAUAUGCUGUUUAUCUCAUUUUUUGAUUAUAAUUUAUUAUUAUUA